GCAGGUCAGCAGCAAGUCACUUCUGGGCCUGUCGGUGACGGCAUCCCAGUGGAUACCAUCUUCCAUGGAUCAUCAUUGAUCAUGGGGGGUUGACAUGUGCAAGCGCGAAUGCCACGGAAAGCUUGCGACAAUAACACUUUGCAAGGCGCUGAAGCUCCUCGCUCUGGUAUUGAUAGUGUCACUACUGUUUGUUUGGCUGACAACCAUCUCUGCCCAAACAAGAUGUCAUAUCAACAACACUCACGCUCACACUCACUUGUACAGCAAGCAUCGCAUACACUCCAACACAGUCGACAGCGCUGAUCGCCGCUACGGAUCGCCCUGUUCCCUGCAUUCCCGCGCAUCCUACGGUGCCUACCUGCUCGCUUCUCCUCACUUACACGCACAGCUCUCCAGCUUUCGUCCACCAUGAAACCCCCCCAUUUCGCGGGCCUAGCCACCGUCUGCACAUCAUGCCGCACUCUCUCCCUUUUUGUGUAGCACCUCUCUACCAGAGGGAAUACAACGUCAAAACUCACAAUUCACUUGUAACUUGAGAGGCAGUGACAGCAACUACAACGGGCAGCAUCUGCAAACCGAGUGACGUCUAGACCACUGGCCAAGUCCUAUUUCACGCAGCUCCUCCCAAGUCCUCCCUCCAACCCUCCCGACUCACUGCUUUGCGACCUGCGGCUUGCGGCUUGCCUGCCGCUUCGAGGACACUUUGCUGUUGAUCCGAAUUGAUUCAAAUAGAUUCAAUACAUGCAACCAACGGGUACAUUGCAGACCUCCGACCGCGAGACACAUUUGCGCCAUGCGGACCAACGGAUCGCAUUUGGAUUGUGUCGUCCUGCCAUCGGCCGUCAACCAGCCGCCGCCCCCCUUUCCGCCCGGGCUUCAACCGCAUCCAGAUCCCGAUAAUUCCACUCGCCGUCUACACUAACGGAACCUGGACCCUCGGGAAUACAAUUUUCGCUGUGUCUCGCCUUUUCUUUCUACUUGCGUAAAGGACAAGAAAUUGUGCGGUCCGGUGGUCCCGGUUCACCCUCCACCGUUCGCCGAUUGAGAAAUACCAAGAGCCCGAAAAGAGCACCAGCAUUUUCCGUGUUCGGCGAAUCACUUACCCAAAGCUGCAACGACGGUUGACAUUGACGUUUGACCACACGACAGCCCGCCCCUCCGAAAAAGAAACAAAAAAGAAUAGAAUAAGCAAGGAAUCGGCGCGCAGACUCUUCUCCUUCCCCAAGACACGACCUGCACAUCACGGCGGCCGGCGCAACGCACUCGCGGAGGGCCUCCCGGGCGGUCUACCUGCAGGAUCUGUGCUGUGCUCUGCUUCUGAGUAGCAAACGCGCAUAUCAGUAUCCCGUACGGAGUACUUCGUCCAUGACAACCCAACCAUACACUACGUGACUACCUACCCUGCUGCCUUAGUUUGAGGAGCUGAGGUGGUAGGAAGAGGACCCUGCAGCUCUUGUCCUCCGAGAAGCUAAACCUCUCUCGGAGUCUUGAGAGGGAAUAAGGCGGGGGUUACCUUGAGCGGACAAUUUUUGCAGUUUGAGUUGGCUACUGGCGGGCUACAGAGUAGCAGAGGCAGACUUUCAACUUGCGCGCAACUAUCCGUACAGAGGCAGAGUGUGGUUCGCAUGGUCUCGGUUCGUCCCUUUUGCAGGAAUAUUGCUUUUUCCUCCUCCUUUUCCUCUCCUCUUGUUCCUCCUCCCCUGUCAACACCCAGUCACAAGCACAUGCUUUCCAACGGCGCGAAUGUGACGGGCUGUUUGUAUCCGCAUCUUGCUGGAAGUUUGCUCUCCCCUCCAGGGGCCCUCCACAAUGUUUGCCUGUCAAUUUGACGUCCUCGCAUCCCCUCCUAGGGCCCUAACGUCGCUUACCGUGGAGAACUUUGAUGUGGCGAUGAGAGGGGGGCUAGCACUCCACGUCGGUCUGCAGGACGUGCAGCUCGCGCACAUUGGCACGUUGUUGGCGCGCAGGCACGACAAACUUGCAACGGUUUGUGACGAGUCAAGACAUGCAUGCCUUUUUCGUUUCGUUGUGUCUUGUUCUAUUUUGCACGGUCAUGUCUAUGAAUUGUGACAUGGAUUCUCGGCUGCGCAAGGUGCCCUAGUUGAGCGCGACUUGGACGGCCGUGACUGUGUUGAAUGUCGUGACAUAUCGAUAUGGAAUAGAGGCAAUGAGUCUGGGAUGCUCACUCCUCGCCGGUUGAUUGUCUCUUGGCGUGGUUUCUGCCGCAUCUUGACUGGAGUGACUAUCGACAUACUCUGACCCCCAAGGGACUCACGAUGAAGUUCGACACAGUCAGAAGUUACGAGGCGCAGGGCAUAUAUCAACCCUGAGAUGGCGACGACCAUCAAUACCUGCUAUGCCAUCAUCACCAGAAAGAACUCACCAUUGGAGGAACGUUUCUAUAACAGAAACACUACUCGCUGCACCCAGAUAACAAGCCCAACAUGUCCUCUAAUAACCCCAACCCAGACCGCCGUCCAGCGCCCACCCACCUCCCUGCCACCCUCACAGAGACGAACCCGUUCUACAUCGACAUGAGCCAAGAACACGUCGCUUCCCGCCCAUCAACACCAACCCCCUCCCGCGCCCCACGAACACCCAAGACACCUUCACCACGUAGCAGCAGCAGCAGCAGCAGCAGCAGCCCCUCCCAAGACUUCAAAACUCCAGAAAGUAAUCACAUCGCACCCCGCACGCGCACCAUCCUACCCCCAACCUCCGCAGUCACCUCCUCAGCCUCCUCACACCGCAGCAUCGACAUGGACGGCGACAUCCACAUGAAGAACACGACCCCAGAAACCCACCCUCACGCCGCCAUCCUCGCCCUCGUAACGCAAACCGUCACCGAGACCUUCUCCCUCGAACGCGCUCGACUGGUAGACGAGAUACGCAGACAGGUCCUCACUGCCCUAGAACGACAGAUCGGACCGCUUGUGAGGGAGAACUUUGAGGCUGCGUUGGCGGAGGCGUUAGAGGAGCCGUUUGAGGAGGCGGAGGGCGGAAGGAAGAGGGAGGUUGCUGUUGUUAGGGUUGUCAGGGAGCGGUUGAGGGGGUUGAGUUGCGAUGGGCUCGUCGAGGUGUUUUGUAAUGAGGAGGUUUUGGGGGUGCUUAGGAGGCUGGUUGGGGUUGUUGAGGCGGAGGUUUUGAUGCAGGGGUGGGAUGUUGUUGGGUAG